AUGGCGAUUGCUUCUCUCAUCGCCUCCAGGUUCGCCAGGUCCGGCCACGGGCACGCCCUCCCCGCCGCCGCCGCGGCCAUCUCUCAGGCGCCCAGGGCCCAGCACGCCGCAUCUCCGCUGCUCUCCGGCUUCGGACCACUCACUCGCGCCUUCAGCUCAAGGCCUCUAUGGAAGGGAGCGUUCGUCGACGCGUUCCUGCAAAGGAUAAAGAACAAGAGGGAGAACCUCAACGGCAAGAAGAUCUGGUCUCGCAGGUCUUCCAUCCUGCCGGAGUUCGUCGGUUCCACCGUGCUCAUUUACAACGGCAAGACUCACGUCCGCUGCAAGAUCACCGAGGGGAAGGUCGGCCAUAAGCUUGGGGAGUUUGCUUUUACGCGCAGACGGAGGCCCCAUCGGGCCAUUUUGGCGAAGGGCGGUCAAGGAAAGGGGAAGAAGAAGUAA